AUGAGCGCUGGGGGCGCUUUUGGUGGCGCAAGAGGUUAUCAGCCCAAGCCGCCAGAUAAAGGCGUAUUCCCUUUGGACCACUUUGGAGAAUGCAAGCAGAUCAAGGAGGAGUACAUGCAAUGCCUCCACCACAACGGCAGUCAGGCAGAACAGUGCAGGGCCCUUGCAAAGUCUUACUUAGAGUGCCGGAUGGAGAGGAAUCUCAUGGUCAAGCAAGACCUCAGCGAGCUGGGCUUCAAAGCUGUGAAAGAGAAAGAU